CACUAACCUAGUUCCCGCACUGGCUCUCGGUUUACAGGAAAUUUAACCUGGCCUCCUGUGCCAGCGAGUGGCUGGAGGGAGGUGGUGUGACACCUCUACAUUCGGUGCAAAUGCCAUUAUUGGGGUGAAUGUACGUAAAGCUAGCGCUCCACUCCUCAGCCCCCCUCCCAUCAGUCCCGCCUUUUGGGCCUGCCUCUCUGACCAUUCCUGCUUGAUCACUUGCCUUCAACCUGAACUCGCGGUGUAUCCGAAGCCCUCUCCUUGCUCCUGCCGCUGUCUGUGACUAGAGCUGGCCGGGGAACUAAGUUUCACUUCUGCAAACUGUUUUGACGUUUUGGAAAUAUUUUCCUCCCCAGGCAGGAUGCAAAGCCGAUGCUCCAGCAUCUUUCCUGGAAGUGAAAUCCUGCCCCCAUUUCAUUUCAGAAACACCAAAACUGUCCCCCAGCUAUAGUUUGGUGUUUCCAAAAUCAGCCGUGCUCCCUGAACGCCCUCUGAAUGGAAAGAUGUUGCAUCCGGAAAUUUCUGACCAGCUCUCUCUGUUACUAGUGGCAGCAUUGGCAUCCUCCAUUCCACAGCCCGGGUGCCAUCUGCCUGCCUAGCCAAAUGUUCUCAUGGGUUUAACCCAUCCACCCUUCCCCUCCUCCCCCCCCAAUCCCACUAUGCCAUGCCUGGUUUAUCUGUAACGCGGCCGGAAAUCUAGUGCUGCCUCUUGACUCGUAUCCAAAAUUCUUUUUAUUCUUCCCCUUCCCAGAUCUCCACAUCCUUAUAUCAUGAGCUCCUCCAGGCAGGGACCAUCCCUUGUAUGUCUGGAAAGCACCUGGUAAAUGUGGCUGCUGCCACGGACAGAUAACUACUAAUAGAUACAUGCAGCGGGUCCUGGGCUAACUGCCCAGAAACAUGCCGCUCAUCAUGGCAGGUCAGACAGCAGCUCCUGUCUCGCUCAGCAGGGCCCUCUCUCUGUCCCUCUGGAGGGAGGCGAAGCGGAUCUACUUGCCAUAAGCAAAGAAGGGAGGUGUGAAAAAGAUAUUGAUCGACUGCAAACUGCACUCAGCAUUUACUGCCCGCAACGGCUGUGAACACGGAUACGCUUUUCUAACUAGUUUUACAAUGGAGCUGGAUACGUUCAUUAACAAGUUUAUGUGGGCGGGGUUGCCUGACACAGGAUGUCCUUUCUAGUCCUAUGGCCUGAAUUCCUGCCUCCCCCCAUUGGAAUUAGAAGGCCUGGGAGAAUCUGCUGCUGUUAGAUCACUUGGGAUCAUGGCGGCUUUUUCAACAAAAAAUGCCCAAGAAAAUGGUUGGCGGGAAAUGGCUUAAAACCCUGGACUCUGAACCCAAGUGCAUGUGGGCGAGUUCAGCUCUUGGAGGGUGACCUCUUGUUGGGCCUGUCUUGAGCAAGAAAGGCCAAGCAGCAGCAGUAAUUCUUCAAAUCCGGCUCACUGCAGGAUGGCGAUAUUACGCAAUCCUCAUUAGAAUGAGUUGCAUUUUUCAUGCCCCAGGCCCGUGAACUUGACUGAAUUAAGCUCCUGUAGGAAAAUCGAUAAAGGCAGAAAACCCAACCCCCACCUCGCCCCCCUGCAGGAGGCUGAUGUCAAGGUAACCGGGACACAAAGGAGGAGUUAGAAAAGUUUAACCGGAGCCUGAGCUGAAAGGCCCCUCUGAUUGGAAGAGUCUGAAUCAAUAGAGAAUAGGGCGGAGGAGGGGGGGCAAUCUGCUGCCCUUACCUCCUACCAAGAGAGAGCAAAAGAAAGAGAAAUUGACAUUGGUCACUGCCUGAGACGGCUUCUCCCAGCACAGCCGAGGAGAGAAGAAAUAUGAUUUCCCUACAAGGAGCCGUGCAAGGGCUGACCUUGAAAAGGAUCUGAUUUGGGGGAAGAGAAGGAAAAUGUCCGAGAACAGUGCGUCUCUGAGCCCCCCAGGAUUGUUCGCAUCUGGCAGCAGAGUGCUGCAGCUGGCCACCAAAGGGGAGUGGAUCACCCUGGAGCAGACCCUGAGAGGCAUGGACAAGGGGGACCUGGCCGUCUCCCAGACUGACCAAGAGUCGGGCCUGACCCCCUUCAUGAUCGCGGUGAGAGAGAACAGGCUGUCCAUUGUCGAGAGGUUGCUGGAGCUGGGAGUGAAUCUUUCAGACCAAACUAAGAAUGGCCGAAAUGCUUUACAUGUGGCUGCUGCCCACUCGAAGGAGGAGAUCAUCCGGCUGCUGCUGGCUGGAAAGGCAGAUCCCAACGUCCCCGGAGGGCCCAAGGUGCAGUUGCCUGUUCAUUAUGCAGCCCUCCGUCCCAUUGGGGCUGUCGGUGUGAUGCAGAUGCUGCUGAAGGCUUCUCACAAAGAUGCUAGGCUGAGCCAAGACCAGGACGGCCGCACUCCUCUCCUUCUUGCCGUGGAAGCUGGGAAUCUGGGAGUCUGUAAGGAACUGCUUUCCACGCACGCCGAGGCCCAGCUGAGCGCACGGGAAAAGAGAUAUGGGGACACUGUGCUGCAUGCAAGCUGUAGGAAAAGAGAUGUGGAAGUUACCAAAAUCCUAGUGGAGUAUGGAGCUGUGGUGGAUUGCCAGAAUGAUGAAGGUCAGACUCCUCUACAUGUCGCUGCGUGGGAAGGCGAUGAAGCCCUGCUGAAGUUCUUCCAUCACUGCAAGGCCAAUCCUAACGUAGCAGACAAGAUGGACCGGUCCCCCUUGCACAUUGCUGCAGAACGAGGCCACACCAAUGUGGUGGAGUUGCUGAUGGAGAAGUUCCACUCCAAUGUGCUAGCUCGCACUAAGGACGGCAGCACCCUCAUGCACGUUGCCUCCGAGCAUGGGCACCCGGACACCGCUCUGGCUUUUCUGAAGAAAGGAGUCCUGCUGCACAUGCCCAAUAAGAACGGGGCGCUCUGCUUGCACGCGGCAGCCAAGCGGGGCCAUGCUGCCGUGGUGAAGGCCCUGCUGCAGAGGGGGGCAGAGGUGGAUGCUCGAACCAAAGAAAACUACACGGCCCUGCACCUUGCUGCCCAGCACUGCAAGCCGCUGGUGGUACAGACUCUUCUGGGCUUUGGGGCCCGAGUCCAGCUCAAGGGAGGCAAGGCCCAGGAGACACCUCUGCACAUCGCAGCCCGCAUCCGCGAGGGAGAGAAGGUGGCGGAGAUGUUGCUGAAGAGUGGCGCCGACGUCAACGUGGAACAAGAGAACGGCGAGACAGCCAUGCAUGUCGCAGCUCGCCAUGGCAACCUGAGGAUGAUCAAGGCCCUGAUCGAGGAAGGAGGGGAGCUCACCUUGCAGUCCAAGGCCGGAGAGUGCCCCCUACACAUCGCAGUGCAGCACUGCCACCUGCCCGUGGUGGAAGAGAUCCUCAACUACCUGGCCACGGAGAAGAGCCACGCAGAGGCCGUCGCCUGCGUCAACCAGGAAAACAAGGCAGGGGAGACACCCCUCCACCUGGCUGCUGCAGUGAAGAAGGACAUGGUCCACUUUGAGGAGGAGGAGACCAAGAUCAUCGCCAUGCUCAUGGAGUACGAUGCCGACAUCUCCCGUACCACGCGACUAUCCCUUGAGACCCCUCUGCAUUACUGUGCCCAUGUGGGCAAUGCGGAUGUCCUGCUGGAGAUGCUUAAGCACAUUAACACCAGCCGAAUGCAGCAGACCAUUAACAAGCAAGCCAAGAAUGACUGGUCCCCGUUGCUGGUGGCGGCAGAGCGAGGACACACAGCGAUAGUGAAGAUCCUGCUCCAGCACCACGCUCGUGUCGAUGUCUUCGAUGAGCACGGGAAAGCAGCUUUGCACCUGGCCGCAGAGAACGGCCAUGACCAGAUUGCAGACGUCCUGCUGUGGCACAAGGCCUUCGUCAAUGCCAAGACCAAGCUGGGCCUGACACCUCUUCACCUCAGCGCUCAGAACGGCUACAACCAUUUAGUCAAGCUCCUCGUGGAGACUCACCUGGCCAGCAUUGAUGCUAUGACCCUGACCAAGCGAACCCCUCUGCACCUCGCUGCGCUGACCGGCCAGCUGGACGUGUGCACCAGCCUGCUGAGCAUGAGCGCGGACGUCAAUGCCACCGACAUCCAAGGACAGACGCCGUUGCACCUGGCCGCUGAGAAUGACCAUUCGGAGGUGGUUCAGUUCUUUCUGAAGCACAAGCCGGAACUGGUGACCUCUGCUAACGUGGAAGGUUCAACCUGUGCCCACAUAGCUGCCUCCAAAGGCAGCGUCGCUGUGAUCAAGGAGCUGCUGAAGUUCAACAAGGUGGGGGCGACCACAGCACGCAACAAGACAAACAACUCCACACCCCUGCACCUGGCAGCUGCUGGUGGACACGGCGAGGUGGUGAAGGUCUUGCUGCAGACGGGAGCCUCGGCAGCAGAUGAGGAUGGCGAAGGAAUGACGGCAAUUCACCUGGCAGCCAAACAUGGGCACAUCAGUGUCCUGGAGGCCUUAAAGGGCAGCGUCUCCUUGAGAAUCACCAGCACCAAGACAGGAUUUACUGCCCUUCAUGUGGCAGCUCAUUACGGCCAGCUGGACUUCGUCCGAGACAUGCUCGCCAGGGGAUUGGCCGCCAUGCGCAGCGAGCCUCCCAAGCUCACCUCCGCAGGACAGCAGGUCAAGCAGCAAGGCAGUGAGUCAGGAUUCACGCCACUGCACCUGGCUGCCCAGUCGGGACACGAGAGCCUGGUCCGGCUGCUGCUCAACUACCCAGGUGUGCAGGUGGAUUGUCAGACCAGCCUGCAGGGCUCCAUCCCUCUCCACCUGGCGGCCCAGCAUGGUCACACCGCCGUCGUUGGGCUCCUUCUGAGCAAAUCCACCUCCCAGCUGCAUCUCCGAGACAAGAGAGGGCGGACAUGCCUCCACCUGGCUGCAGCCAAUGGCCACGUUGAGAUGGUGCGGGCGUUACUAGGCCAGGGAGCGGAGAUCAACGUCACUGACAAGCAAGGCUGGGGCCCAUUGCACUUUGCUGCCAAAUCAGGUUUCCUGACUAGUGUCCGGCUGCUCGUGGAAAGCGGUGCCACACCCACUCUCGAGUCCGAAGAGGGGAGGAUACCUAUCCAGUAUGCAGCUGCUGAGAACCACCAAGAAGUAGUGAGCUUCCUGCUGAAAAAGAACACCACCACCUUGAAACUGAUUGAGGACAGGAAGUUUAUCUUUGACCUCAUGGUCUGUGGGAAGCUGAACAACAACCAGGUGACUGAGGAAUUUGUCCUUCACUCUUCUGCUCCCCUGGACACUGCUGUCAAGCUUUCCCAGGCCUUCAACAUGGCUGCCCUGAAGGAGAAGGAACGCGCCAAAGACUUGCUGACUGCUGCCAAGUACACUGAGAGCAUGGCCACUGAGCUCCUGACGCUGGCCUCUGGAGGUAGAAGUGCUGGCUACCUUCUCCGCGCAGUGGAUCACAGAGGCACUACCAUGCUGGACUCGCUAAUUGAAUGUGAACAGAAGGAUGUAGUAGCACAUCCAGCAGUGCAAAAAUACCUGACAGAAGUCUGGUAUGGCAGCCUGAAGUGGGCCCCAUGGAAGAUCGCCCUUUUGUUCGUCUGCUUCCUAGCAUGCCCCCCCAUGUGGCUGGUUUUCUCCCUACCCCUGAAACAUAGGUUCAAUAAAAUUCCUAUCAUGAAGUUCAUGAGCCACUUGGCAUCUCAUAUCUUCCUGCUCAUCCUGUUCAUCCUAACCAUCGUGUAUCCCCCUAUUAGCCCCAUCUAUGAAGGUCACAUGGUGCCAUACUGGAACGAGUGGUUGCUCUUAGCUUGGCUGCUGGGGACACUAGUCACCGAGCUCACCCAUUCUGGAGAAAGGGCUGGCCUGGCUUGGAUCAGAGUGUUCGUCUUGGGCUUCUCUGCCAUUGCUUUCCUUUGCCAUUUGCUGGCCUUGAUGUUUACCGGCACCGAUCGCUUGCACUGCCUGUUUGCUAGGAACAUCUUCCUAGGGGUGGCCAUGACACUCUCCUUUGUGCAGUUCCUGGAGUUCCUCACCUUCCACCACCUCUUUGGCCCUUGGGCCGUCAUAAUCAGGAACCUCAUGAAGGAUCUCACCAGGUUCGCAGUCAUCCUCGGCUUGUUUCACAUAGCCUUCACCAUGCAGCUGUCGUCCGUCUACCAGCCAGUCUACCCUGAACCAAAGACCAAUCUCUCAGCUGCCGGUGGGAACGCAACUGUGAGCACCACUAUCCAGGACCCCGUUGUCGUCAUGGUCACAUUAUUCUUCUCCUUGUUUGGCCUCGUUGACCCCGAGUCCCUGCCCUCACUCACCAGAACUCCCCAGUUCACUUUUGUCAUCAUCCGCUUUGUGUUUGGGGUCUACCUGAUCGUGACCUUGAUUGUGCUGAUCAACCUGCUGAUCGCCAUGAUGAGUGACACCUACCAGAGGAUACAGGCCCAGUCUGACACGGAGUGGAAGUUUGGCAGGGCCAUGCUCAUCAGGGACAUGACUAGGAAGUCUGGAACACCUUCCCCCUUUAACCUCUUCACAAAUCUUCUCUAUUAUAUCAAAAUACUUUGCAAACACAAAGGUAAGCUGUGCUCCACUGAACGAAGAGACCUGAUAAACGAAGAGGAAGACCUGGACAGCACUUCGGACACACGAUCCAUCAAUAUGCUGGCUCACACAUCCAUGGGUUGGAUUAGGGUUGCUGCCAAGAGGAUGACACAAGUAUUACCAGAAGGUGGGCACAUUCGAAGCCCUCUGCCAGCAGGGCCGCUGCACAUUGAGGAGGCAAUAGACUGGCACAGCGUGGCGCUCCGCUAUUACUCCUUGAAAGGGCGGAUGGACAGAGCACUGUUGGAGAGGGAAUUGUCCAUGCACCAUGAGGAGAAGAGGGGUGUGCAGCCCAUCCAUCUGCUGGUGAACGGCCAGGACGUGUGCAGAGUCUAGCCUGUUUGCACCCAGCUCCCCAGUACCAGCGAUUGCCGUGACGUGGGUCCCCUCUGGGCUGUCUGAAUGCAGUAGGGCAUGAACGGCGAUGUGGUGUAUGUCCAAACGGAAUGCAAUAAAGAUAAUUUUCCGUGUUUCCUCCA